UGAAAAUCUCGCGAGAUUUCCCCCCACCCCCAACUCUCGCGCGAUCUCGCCGCUCGUCGUCAUGGCGACCGCGGUCAUGGCGGCGUUCUUGUCUAGGCCAAGGCUCUUGGCGGCUGCGCGGAGUCUCGGAGGAGGGUCACGCUGGAAGUCGUCGGUGUCGUAUCUGUCGCGAGCGGACUCGCCACGCCUCGCCUACUCGCUCAGCGCGGGCAAAUCCCCCGGCGUGGUCUUCCUGCCGGGGUUUGCGUCCAGCAUGGACGGGGCCAAGGGCACCGCCCUGCACGACUACUGCCACUCCGUGGGGCACGCGUACACCCGGUUUGACUACACGGGUUGCGGAGCGUCGGAGGGGGACAGCUCCCACUGGGGGAUGGGGCAGUGGAAGAGCGACGUCCUCACCGUGCUCGACCAGCUCACCACGGGGCCACAGAUCCUGGUGGGCUCCAGUCUGGGCGCGUGGCUCAUGGUGCUGGCGGCUGUGGCACGCCCCGAGCGCGUGGUCGGCCUGGUCGGUGUGGCCAGCGCCCCGGACUUCCUCCAGCGGGUCUACAGCUCGCUCACUGACGAGGAGCGUGCCGAGGCCCAGCGUACCGGAGAAUUUCGCAUCCCCCACUCCCCACCCUCCUCGCCCGCCCCCUCGCCCACCUCGUCGCCGUCCAAAACCCACGUCACGAUCCCUGUCGCCGCGGUGGUGGAGGCCGCCAGGCACAGCCUUCUGGUAGCGCCGGCCCCGGCCCCGGCCCCGGCCGCCUCGACGGCCGACCCGGCCGCCCCGCCGCCCCCGCUGCCCCCGCUGCCCCCGCUGCCCCCGCUGCCCCCGCUGCCCCCGUUGCCCGUGCGCUGCCCCGUGCGGCUGCUGCACGGCCUCGCCGACGAGGUGGCGCCCUGGCAGCUGGCGCUGCGCCUCGCGGAGCGGCUGGCCUCCGCCGAGGUGGACGUGGCGCUGAGGAAGGGCGCCGGGCACCGCUUCAGCGAGCCGGCCGACCUGCGCCUCCUGGCCAGCACGCUCGACGACCUGGUGGACAGGCUGACGACACACACGUAGCGGGGCUGGUGGGGCUGGUGGGGCUG